AUGCAACAGAGAAGAGCUGACGCGACAACCCCAGAGAGACAUGAGCGUCAAGACUCAAACCGAAGAUCCACAGAAGCAGCUAGAGCGGAAGAAAAUACCCCCCUCCGAGAUGCACGGCGCGAAGCGGAUCGCAAUGCGACACGAGGAGCUAGAGCCGAGGAAAUUACUCCUGCUCGUGAGGCGCGGCGAGACCUUGACCGUCUAUCCACCCAACGAUCAAGGGAUGCACAAGACACACCGACUCGGAAUGCCCGGCAACGAUCCGACGGCCAGGCUCGAACGGCUUCUCGGCAGCUCUUCCCCCCACUACCCGAAUCCUCGCCUUCGUUUCGCGAUCUCGGCAUGGUCCAUAUUGAGUGUUCGCACUGCAAAGCUCUGCAUUUCGUCCAAGAACGCAUCGUGAGCAGCUCUGCCGCAAGGCCCAUGUUUUCCACAUGCUGUGGGGAGGGGAAGCUGUCACUGCCCCUUCUCACCGACCCGCCAGCUCUUCUGCGCUCUCUUCUCAUCGAUGAUACUCCAAGGGCCCGCCGCUUCCGUAAAAACAUUCGAGCAUACAAUUCAGCGCUGUCUAUGGCGUCCGUGGUCGCCAAAUGGGUGAACAGAGGGCCCGGUACUUCCAAUUUUAACCCCACAAUGACGAUGCAGGGCGAGAUGUACCAUUACAUGGGUCCCAUGAUUCCAUCCGAGGGGCGGGCGCCUUCCUUUGCUUCCGUUUACAUUCACGACACUGACUACGGUACUCAAACGCGCACAAGGCUUGGCGGAGCCUCUACACAGCUGGAAGACACACUGUUAAUGCAACUGACGCACAUGCUGCACGAAUGCAACCCCUACGUGCAGACUGUUCUCAGUAUGCGAGAAUGGGCUCAAUCCCCUCAACCCAACACUCCAGCCCCGUACCAGAUGGUCAUCCAUGCCGACCGCAGGCCAAGUCAUGAGCACGUGCGCCGGUACAAUGUGCUGGAUCCAAUUUCAGUCAGUCAUCGUGCAUACGAUCCGUUGAGUUACGUGCUUUUGUUCCCGAACGGUAGAGAUGGAUGGUAUCCAGAGCUUCGAUUCUCCAGUGAUGACGACGGCAGACGUACCAAGAUUACUCCGAUGAUGUACUACGGAUGGCAUUUGUUCGAAAGAGCAGGCGAGUUCAGCACAAUUUUGCACGCAGCGCGACUCUUUCAGCAAUAUUUGGUUGACCAGUUCUGCAAAGUGGAGGCAGAAAGGCUUUCGUAUCUCCGCCACAACCAGACACAGCUUCGAGCCGCCGACUACACCUCACUGCGUGACAGCCUAGGAGACUCCGGUCGUGCUGAAGAUGAAGCCGAUGCUGUGCGUGCGGGACGACUGUUCAUUCUCCCUUCCACGUACAUUGGAGGUGACCGCUACAUGAGGCAGCAGAUGCACGACAUCAUUGCUAUAUCGAACCAAAUUGGCCACCCGGACAUCUUCCUCACUAUGACAUGCAAUCCAAGCUGGCCGGAGAUCACAAGACCCCUACUGCCGAACCAAACGCCUCAGGACAGACCGGACCUGUGCGCACGUGUGUUUCGUCUGAAAAUGAAAGAUCUCAUGUCCUUGGUCAUCAACGAGGAAGUAUUCGGAACCGUCGUUGCCCAUGUACGAGUCAUCGAAUUUCAGAAACGCGGUCUUCCCCACGCUCACGUUGUAUUUUUCCUAGAUGAAGUCUCCAAGAAUGAUCUGCGUACUCCCGAAAACGUCGACCGCAUUAUCUCUGCCGAGAUCCCGUCUGCCCAAGAUCCAGAACUCCAAGAGGUCGUGCUCAAGCAUAUGAUUCACAAUCCAUGUGGAGAACGCAAUCCAACAGCCGUGUGCAUGGGCGAGCAGUACUGCAGGAAAGGGUUUCCGAAAUCGUUCAAACACGAAACCAGCCAGUCCCCCUCUGCAGGUGGGGUCUCCAUCGAGCGACCCUCCCGUGUUGGCCGACGACAGCAAUCCGUCGUGGUCGACAACUCCUGGGUCGUUCCCCACAGUCCUCUGCUUUUACGAUCAUUCGCUUGCCAUUUGAAUUUGGAACUCUGCGUGUCACGGGUUGGCGGAAUCAAGUACCUCUUCAAGUAUGUUUGCAAGGGACAAGACCGAGUGACCAUGGAAAUCACUGCCGAGAACGAGUGCCACGACGAGAUCUCCAACUUCCAAGAUGCCAGAUACGUUUCGGCAUCGGAGGCCGCAUGGAGGUUAUUCUCCUUUGACAUUGUAGAUCGCAAUCCUCCAGUGGUCAGACUUACGGUGCAUCUGCCCAACCACCAUACAGUAUACUUUGAGGAAGGGCGAGAGCAGGAGGCGGCGCUUCGACCAGCAUCAGGUACGAAGCUGACCGAGUGGUUUAAAGCCAACGAGAAGUACCCAAGCGCGAGGCAUCUUCGGUACCACAAGUUUCCAAGGUACUUUACGUGGAAGACACGCACCAAGUCAUGGACCUACGAUUUCAGUGGUACAGGUGCCAACGUAGUCGGUCGAAUCUACACUGUCAGUCCGAGGGAGGGUGAGCGCUACUUUCUUCGCCUCCUCCUCACACAAGUGCCAGGGGCAACAUCCUUCGAGAACUUGCGAAAUAUCGACGGCGAGCAGUGCACCAGCUUCCGACAAGCUUGCUUACGACUCGGUUUGCUGGCCGACGAUGCCGAGUGGAAGCACGCAAUCCGAGAUUCAUUCCGGUCAAGCUUCGUUCCUCUUUCUCAUCUGUUGGCUACGAUUCUGGCACACUGCCAGCCUUCGGACCCUCUCUCGCUGUGGAACGACCACCGGGACAUGUUUCUCACACAUAUUCGCAAUCGUGCACGCAGACAACCCAUUCGAAGACAGCAGCUUCGCGAUGAUCACCACGCCACAUCUUACGUACUUCGAGAGGUACAGGAGGCUCUGCAGACCCACGAGCGCAGCAGUGGGAAGGGCGACUACAGACGUCACUUCCUUCGUACGCGCCGUAAGCAGGUCAUCGCUGUCGCUACGUCUGCUGUUGCUGCUGUGCUGCUCGACGGUGGACGCACCGCUCAUUCCGUGUUCAAGAUUCCCAUUCCUGUAUCUGCCGAAAGCACGUGCAGCUUCUCCGCAAACUCCGACACAGGCCGUACACUGCAACAAGUCGAUCUCAUCAUAUGGGACGAGAUCGUCAUGUGCCAUCGACAUUGCAUUGAGACUGUCGAUCGCUCCCUUCGAGACUUGAUGCAAACCGACCGGCCCUUCGGAGGAAAGUUCCUCGUGCUCGCUGGAGACUUUAGACAAAUCCUUCCCGUCGUUCCGGGCGGGUCCAGAGGUCAAAUCGUGAGUGCGUGCGUCAAGGCUUCCCCGCUGUAUCGAGAGUGCCGAUUCCUGCGCCUUACUGAGAACAUGCGCCUUGCUGCUCUCCGAGCGGACCCUGCAGCAGAUGUGGAGGCUCUCAACUUUCCAGAAUUCCUCCUCAGCGUCGGGGAAGGCAGACUUCAAGGCGAACAGCGCCCGGAAUGGAUCUCACUACCACAGUCCGUUGCGUUCGAGCACACCAUCCGCAAUUUGUGCCUCAAGGUCUUCCAAGGCAUUCGAGACAAUCACGCCGACCCUGCCUGGCUCACCAAGCGCGUUAUACUCACCACAAAGAACAAGCCGCUCGAGGAAGUCAACGAGGUCAUCGGCAACAUGAUUCCGGGAUCGUAUCGAACGUAUUUGAGCGCAGACAAGGUCAAGAACGAAGACACCAACGCGCUGAUCUAUCCCACAGAAAUGCUCAACACCUUGACCGCCGGAUCUGCUCUACCAGACCACAAGCUCAAGCUCAAGAAAGGCUUCAUCGUCAUGCUUCUGUGCAAUCUCGAUCCCGCUACCGGUCACGUCAACGGCGCGCGAUAUGUCAUCGAAAACAUGACCAACAACCUGCUCUUUCUACACGUUACCACCGGGUCACACCAAGGCAACAGACUGUGUCUUCCUCGAAUGCCCUGCGGACCAGGAGACGACAACUUUCCCAUCCCUGGCUUCACCCGAACGCAGUUCCCCAUUCGCACGUGCUUCGCCCUUACAACGAACAAAGCGCAAGGCCAAUCCUUCGGUGGCCGCAUUGGUCUCGACUUACGAGAUCACUGCUUCUCGCACGGUCAACUCUAUGUCGCACUAUCAAGGACUACUCACCCAGGCAACGUCACUGUCCUCACUCGAGAGUCCAAUGAAACCACUCGAAACGUAGUGUACCCCGAGGUCCUUCAGUAG